CGCGCCUGGCGGCGGCCACGGCGGCGCUCUGCCUGGUGGCGGCCGCGUCGGUGUGCAGGGCGGGCGCCGCGCCCAUGAGCAGGGAGGAGAAGCAGCGGCUCGGGAAUCAAGUGCUGGAAAUGUUUGAUCAUGCCUAUGGUAACUACAUGGAACAUGCCUACCCAGCGGACGAACUCAUGCCUUUGACCUGCAGAGGUCGGGUUAGAGGCCAGGAGCCCAGUCGAGGGGACGUUGAUGACGCCUUGGGAAAGUUUUCUCUGACCCUGAUUGACUCCUUGGACACCCUCGUGGUAUUAAAUAAAACAAAAGAAUUUGAAGAUGCAGUGAGAAAAGUUUUAAGAGAUGUUAAUUUAGAUAAUGACGUAGUUGUAUCCGUCUUCGAAACGAACAUCAGAGUUCUUGGGGGCCUGCUAGGGGGCCACUCGCUGGCGAUCAUGCUGAAGGAGAAAGGCGAGCACAUGCAGUGGUACAGUGACGAGCUCCUGCAGAUGGCCAAGCAGCUGGGCUACAAGCUUCUCCCGGCCUUCAAUACCACCAGCGGCCUCCCUUACCCCAGAAUCAAUUUGAAGUUUGGCAUCAGGAAGCCAGAAGCUCGGACAGGAACUGAGACGGACACCUGCACGGCCUGUGCGGGUACCUUGAUCCUCGAGUUUGCCGCCCUGAGUCGCUUCACAGGAGCAGCGAUAUUUGAGGAAUAUGCAAGAAAAGCUCUCGAUUUUCUCUGGGAAAAAAGACAGCGAAGUAGCAAUUUAGUGGGAGUGACUAUCAAUAUUCAUACAGGAGACUGGGUUCGUAAAGACAGCGGCGUUGGAGCAGGGAUCGAUUCGUAUUACGAGUACUUGCUGAAAGCCUAUGUCCUGCUGGGAGAUGACAGCUUUCUGGAAAGAUUUAACACACACUACGACGCCAUCAUGCGGUACAUCAGUCAGCCGCCGCUCCUACUCGACGUGCACAUCCACAAGCCCAUGCUGAACGCGCGCACCUGGAUGGACGCCCUGCUGGCCUUCUUCCCGGGUUUGCAGGUUUUAAAGGGGGACAUUAGACCUGCCAUUGAGACGCAUGAGAUGUUGUACCAGGUGAUUAAGAAGCACAACUUCCUGCCGGAGGCGUUUACGACGGAUUUCCGGGUGCACUGGGCUCAGCAUCCUCUACGGCCAGAAUUCGCAGAGAGCACCUACUUCUUGUACAAAGCUACGGGAGACCCUUACUACCUGGAAGUAGGGAAAACACUUAUUGAAAAUUUAAACAAGUACGCGAGAGUGCCUUGCGGAUUCGCGGCCAUGAAGGACGUGCGCACCGGAAGUCACGAGGACAGAAUGGACUCUUUCUUCUUGGCUGAAAUGUUUAAAUAUCUUUACCUACUGUUUGCUGAGAAGGAAGACAUCAUCUUUGACAUAGAGGACUACAUCUUUACCACAGAGGCCCAUCUGCUGCCCCUCUGGCUCUCGACGACGAAUCGGAGCUCUUCCAGGAAGAACGGGACCUCAGAAUACACAGAGCUGGACGACAGUAACUUUGACUGGACUUGUCCCAACGCUCAGCUUCUCUUUCCCAAUGACCCGCUGUAUGCUCAGAGCAUUCGUGAGCCCUUGAAAAACGUGGUGGACAAGAGCUGUCCCAGAGGCAUCAUCAGAGUAGAGGAGAGCUUCAGGAGUGGAGCUAAGCCCCCUCUGCGAGCCAGGGAUUUCAUGGCCACUAACCCUGAGCACUUAGAGAUCCUGAAGAAGAUGGGGGUGAGUUUGAUUCACCUCAAAGACGGGCGAGUCCAGUUGGUCCAGCAUGCGAUCCAAGCCGCCAGCUCUGUGGACGCCGAGGACGGGCUGAGGUUCAUGCAGGAGAUGAUCGAGCUGUCCAGCCAGCAGCAGAAGGAGCAGCAGCUGCCCCCGCGGGCGGUGCAGAUCGUGUCCCACCCGUUUUUUGGCAGGGUGGUGUUGACUGCGGGCCCCGCUCAGUUUGGGCUGGAUCUGUCUAAACAUAAAGAGACGAGAGGGUUUGUUGCAAGCAGUAAGCCUUACAAUGGGUGUUCCGAGCUCACCAACCCGGAGGCAGUAAUGGGGAAAAUCGCGCUGAUUCAAAGGGGACAGUGCAUGUUUGCGGAAAAGGCACGCAACAUCCAGAACGCGGGCGCCAUCGGCGGCAUCGUGAUUGAUGACAACGAGGGGAGCAGCAGCGACACCGCGCCCCUGUUCCAGAUGGCAGGCGAUGGGAAGGACACGGACGACAUCACCAUCCCCAUGCUGUUCCUGUUCAGCAAGGAGGGCAACAUCAUCCUGGACGCCCUGCGGGAGUACGAGGAGGUGGAGGUGCUGCUGUCGGACAAGGCCAGGGACCGAGACCCUGAGCUGGACAGUGAGGAGCAGCCGGCCCCCGAGAACGAGGCCCAGAAUCCGAGUGCCGAGCCGCUGGCGGCGGUUCCCCAGAUGGUCGGCUUGGGGGAUGGGGAUGCCGGGGAAAGCCCCGCGCCCUCCCCGCCAGAACCAUCGUCCCCUGCGGACACGCACCACGCCGCCGGGGUCGGGCCCUCCGAGCAGACGUCCCAACCCACGGAGACGCCGGAGACCGCACAUCUCGACCAGGAGUGCCCGGACGCCACGGACGCUGAUCACAGCCCACGGGAGGAACAGCCGGAGACCGAGGACGACGGCAGCGCGAGCAGCGGCUGGACCACGAAGGCCACGCCCAUAGACUCCAUAUUAGCGGACUGGAAUGAAGACAUAGAAGCCUUCGAGAUGAUGGAGAAGGACGAACUCUGAGCGGCCGCGGCGGCUGGGGUAGGUGCUCAGCAGGAGAGAUGACUGUGGCGCGCAGACACCCUGAUCUGCAGCAGGCUCUCCGCGGGGCGUCACGCGGGCCGGCAGGGACCCUCCUGCUGGGAUGGUUCGUUACCCUGGGCAUCUGGAGCACCUGGUUAGACGUGGCCUCGUCUGGCCUGUCCCAUCCAGAGUGGACGCUCGCAGUGACGGCACUGCCCCCGCGGUGCUGCAGGCCAGGGAGGGAGCCAGCCGUCCACAGUCUGGGAGGGGGCGUGGGCCGGGGGCCCCGGGUGAGAGCCGGGGCGGCUGCCUGUGCUGCCCUCAGGAGCCUGGGGAGAGGCCUGGGCAGGUGCGAGGUGGCCGCGCUCACUCUGGGAACGCCGCCUGCUCAGCGCGCCCACCGCCUGACACCACGCGGCUGGAGUCUCCUCCAGCGGGGCCCUUGACACGGAGACAGGGCGCGGCCGGUGGACCUUCUCAGUGUGUUUUCUGCAGGGAGAGCAGGCGCUGGGACCAGGGAAGGGGCGCCCAGCACGCUGCAGCACUGGGCUCCCGCCUGCUGGUGGAAAGGGAGCCAGGGAGGCACCGCAUGUGGUGAUGCACAAGCCCCGGGGGCCGCGGCAGCGGAACCGGCCUGGCUCCCGCACGGGGGUCCCUCUCGCCGUCAGCCUUACUCCACCCCCGCUUCCUCCUGCAGAGCCGGGAGAGCUGGUAGUGGUCUCGGGCCUGGGGUCACUGCUGCUCCUGUCCUUGGAAGCUCUGGUCUCUGAAGUUCCACCUAAGGGGUUGUCCGUUUUCCCUGAAUCAUGGUUUUGCUGUAUCAAGUGCUCCUUCUGGUACGGACCGGACGGUUGGCUUUGCACGGUGGCGACUGCACGCAGCCGAACAGCGCAGUGGACGCUGUGCCGUUGUUUUCUGGUUCUAGAUUUCGGUGGCAGUUUGGUGCUGGCCACAUUUAAGUUUUUAAGAUUUUGUUGUUGAUAUCUGUAGGCAGCCCUGUAGAUGAAAUCAUGGCUUACAAAUGUUAUUUAUUUGUAAAAUAUCUAUGAAUCAGUUCCGAAGGCAUAUUUGAGAGGCCUGGUUCCCUUCCUCUUGACCGGGGCGCUGCACAGGAGCCUUCUCCUGGAGUGCGGUGCUGAGGGACUGCGUGGCUCACGCGGUGCGGAGCUGGGCGCGGGUGUGUACCGUCCGCUGGCAGUGUGUAGGGGGUAGCACCUGCUUCCAGAAGCUCCCUGCGCGUCAUCGGGCCGUGCGUUGCCAAUCUCGGAAUUCACUGGAGGGAGGGGAAAGAGCCAUAGCCAGCGGUAAACCAGACCAGCCAGGUGCUCUUCGUCUCCGCCUGUGGAGCUCCGUGUCCGAGGGCAGGGCUGUCGGGCAGACGGCGUGCAGCAGGGUGGACGUGGCACUCUGUCUGUCCAGGGAGCUGGCGCGCGACGGCUCGCCUCGGUGGCGCCUAGGCUGGGGCCUGGCCGAGAAGCGCAGAGGCCGCGGAAGCCGCGUACAUGUUGAUUUCAUUUUAUGUUUGUAGCCCCAAACCAUUGUUGGCUACUUCUGAUUUUCCUGAGUUACCAAAAGCAAUUUUCCCCGGAAGGAGACCCGCCUGGGAGAGCACGGGCGAGGCCGCGGCGGCUGCUGCCCUGCCGUGCCGGCGGUGGGGCGUCGCCCGGCGCUGCCAUGCGGGAGCAGCCUGCUCUCUUGUUUAGAAGGAAGCAGGGGUUCAGCCAGUUCCGUGUGACCCCGCUGUCCCUCCCAGCCCGGCCCCCUGCCCUCACUGCCACGGAGUCGUGUCGGAGCCGAUGGGCGUUCCCGCAGCAUUAGGUGUGUUUAGUGUUCUGUGUUUUGAGUACCUUUUAUAGACAUUUUAUUUACUUGCUAGAUUCAGGGAGUUCUGUGAGGCCCUGAGUUUAAGAACAUCUGGUCUACCUCAGUUCAGCGUUGACUGCUUAGAAGUAGAGCUGAAGCGAUCACCAACAGCCAUAACACUGCUGGACUAGGAAAGAGCUGUGCGCGUUUACAGACCUGCCGGCGAGGGAGGACGCCGCCUGGGUCACCAGCUGGGCCCUGGAGCUGGAAUUUAAUUCAGGUGUUUUCAGACUUGCCUACCUACUAACAAUAGUAUGGCUGGAGUUGCUUUCUCGCACAUGAAAGUCCACCGGAGUGUCACCCUUUUCGCAGUACUUUUCCCAUAGUUUGAAACACGAAGGCAUCGCCACUGAUGGGUGUGUGCACGGCGCUGCCUCCGGUGGCUUCACCAGGCUCCGCAGUCUGCUGGUCUCAGAACCAAGGAUUUCUUGACGUUUUACUUUUCCCUUUUCACCAGUCUUAGUGAAAUGAAAGGGUGUGCCCGCUCUGAUUUUGAUUUCGCUAACACAGCUACUGUCACGAAUUUGUGUAGAUCCAGGUCCCGUCCCGCGGCCUUUUGUCUAAGCAGAGCCAGCAGUUGUCCUCUCUCCUGAGCCCUGCCAGAGCAUCCAGGAGAGCUCGCGAGCGGGGCUCAGAGUGCUUGUCCCUGGGCUCAGUGAGGGGACUGAGUGCUUGUCCCUGGGCUCAGUGAGCGGGGCUCAGAGUGCUUGUCCCUGGGCUCAGUGAGGGGACUGAGUGCUUGUCCCUGGGCUCAGUGAGCGGGGCUGAGUGCUUGUCCCUGGGCUCAGUGAGCGGGACUGAGUGCUUGUCCCUGGGCUCAGUGAGCGGGGCUCAGAGUGCUUGUCCCUGGGCUCAGUGAGCGGGGUUCAGAGUGCUUGUCCCUGGGCUCAUUGAGCGGGACAGAGUGCUUGUCCCUGGGCUCAGUGAGCGGACUGAGUGCUUGUCCCUGGGCUCAGUGAGUGGGACUGAGUGCUUGUCCCUGGGCUCAGUGAGCGGGGUUCAGAGUGCUUGUCCCUGGGCUCAGUGAGGGGAAUGGAGUGCUUGUCCCUGGGCUCAGUGAGGGGAAUGGAGUGCUUGUCCCUGGGCUCAGUGAACAUCCCAGCAAGGCUGUAGUCAGAACAUAGAAACAUUCUGUGAAUGAGACGUUGUAUGUUCAGAUUUUAUAAGAGACGUUUUUAAACAAGCCCAAUUUACAGCCGUAUAUUUUCUUAUGAUGUAAUUUAUGAAAAAGAUGUCUGUUCUAACAGGUGCUCUAACACCACUGUUGUUGGGUUUUAUUGUUUGGUGAUAAAUGUGUACAAUCUUUCUAUGGGAAACUGUGUACUGUGAUGUAAAAGUCUGGGCAAAAUGUACAUAAUCCUUGUAUAUAAUUGUGUAUUUGAUUAUAAUUACUGAUUGUAAAGAUUUAAUAAAACAUGUAAAUA